UUCAUGACCUUUUUUGCGUUUGACACUGAUCAUCAGAGCGCUUGCAAUGUCCUUGUUAGAAAGCAGACGGGGGAAAAGACAUGGAAUAAAAAUCAGUCUGUAAAAAAAUAAAUAAAAAUAAAUUCCUCCUAGACCUUAUUUAUGAAUAAACAUCUCUUAUUUCCUGUAAAGAAGAUGUUACGGGCCGGACCUGCUGUUGCCUGCAUGGCGUGCAGGAAUCUUCUCCCCUCCAGAUUCGCUUCCGGGAUUCGGUUCGGCGUCCCGCUGCAGAAGCUCCACCCCCUGUCACGUGCCAUCCACCAUUGCUACUCUGCUAACGCCACCCCUCAGCGACCCCCUCACCGCCAUUACACCUCGCUCUCCAGACUCCCCGUGCGGCCCCCGAGGUCUCGGUCGGGACACGGCUACCAGCAGCAGCGCUCCUUCUGGGUGGCACGUCUGGCGGCUCGGCUGCUGAAGCUGCGCUACAUCCUGCUGGGAUCCGCCGUCGGAGGAGGCUACACCGCUAAAAAGACGUACGACGAGUGGAAGGAGAUGCUUCCGGAUCUCAGCGAGUACACGUGGAUCGUACCAGACUUCGUGUGGGAGCUCGGUGAAAAUAUCGAUUUAGAGAAACUAGCGAAGGCUUUGCCUGAAAUGGAGGAGAUCGCUAAGCUGCUGCCUGACUUCGAGAAGAUUGGAGAGAACUUCACGUUCCUCAAGAGCCUGCUGUCCAGCGGUGUGAAUAGCGCAGUCAUUGGAGCUUCUGGUCUGCGUCUGUUGUUAGAAACUCCAGGUGAGCCAAACCUGAACGCACCUGAGAUCCAGGCAACCGGAGCCGGCGCCGAAAGCAGCAGCAAGUUUAAGAAGCAGGGGCUGCUCGGAGAACUCGUUCUCAUUCAGCAGCAGAUCCAGCAGCACGAAGAAGAAGUUCGGCGGGCGGCGGCCGGUAACGAGCCCCGCCCCGGCCAUGCUCAGACUCCGCCCCCCAGCAAGUCCCCGAAUUUCCCCCACAAGUCUUCAGAUAAAGAGAAAGUCGACCAGCUGCAAGAGGAGCUCCUUCGCACACAGAUGAAGUACCAGCGGAUGUUGGAGCGCCUGGAGAAGGAGAAUAAAGAGCUGAGGAAAGUGGUGCUGCAGAAAGAUGACAAAGGGAUUCAUCAGAGGAAAGUCAAGAAGUCGUUGAUCGACAUGUACUCUGAAGUCCUGGACAUUCUUUCCGAUUACGAUUCCAACUACAACACGCAGGAUCACCUGCCAAGGGUGGUGGUUGUAGGCGACCAGAGCGCAGGAAAGACCAGCGUGCUCGAGAUGAUCGCCCAGGCUCGGAUUUUCCCUCGAGGCUCGGGAGAGAUGAUGACCAGGUCUCCUGUCAAGGUGACGCUGAGUGAAGGCCCUCAUCAUGUGGCCGUGUUCAAAGACAGCAGCCGCGAGUUCGACCUGGGAAAAGAGGACGAUCUGGCAGCAUUAAGGCGUGAGAUUGAGCUGAGGAUGAGGAAGAGUGUGAAGGACGGCCACACAGUCAGUCCAGAGACGAUUUCUUUAAGCGUGAAAGGCCCGGGGAUCCAAAGGAUGGUUCUAGUGGACUUACCAGGAGUGAUCAGUACGGUGACCACUGGCAUGGCCAUAGACACCAAGGAGACCAUCUUCAGCAUCAGUAAAGCGUACAUGCAGAACCCAAACGCCAUCAUCCUGUGUAUUCAGGAUGGAUCAGUAGAUGCCGAGCGCAGUAUAGUCACUGAUCUGGUCAGUCAGAUGGACCCUCAGGGCAAGAGGACCAUUUUUGUUCUGACCAAAGUGGACCUGGCCGAGAAGACCCUCGCGAGCCGAAUCCAGCAGAUCAUUGAAGGCAAGCUGUUUCCUAUGAAGGCUCUGGGCUACUUCGCCGUAGUGACCGGAAAAGGCAGCAGCAGCGAAAGCAUCGACUCUAUUAAAGACUACGAAGAGGACUUCUUUCGGAACUCCAGAUUAUUAAAAGACGGGAUGCUGAAGGCCCACCAGGUGACCACGAAGAACCUGAGCCUGGCCGUGUCCGACUGCUUCUGGAAAAUGGUGCGAGAGUCUGUGGAGCAGCAGGCGGACGCCUUUAAAGCAUCUCGCUUUAACCUGGAGACCGAGUGGAAGAAUAAUUACCCCCGGUUACGAGAGCUGGACAGGAACGAGCUGUACGAAAAAGCCAAGAACGAGAUCCUGGACGAGGUGAUCAGCUUGAGCCAAGUCACUCCAAAGCACUGGGAGUCCAUACUUCAGAAGAAGCUGUGGGAGAGAGUGUCCACUCACGUCAUCGAGAACAUCUACCUUCCCGCCGCUCAGACCGCCGACUCGGGCACCUUCAACACCACCGUCGAUAUCAAGCUGAAGCAGUGGACCGACAAACAGCUGCCACACAAAGCGCUGGAGGUAGCCUGGGAGACGCUGCAGGAGGAGUUCGCCCGCUUCAUGGCCGAGUACAAAGGCAAAGAUCAGGACGACAUCUUCGACAAGCUGAAGGAAGCGGUGAAGGACGAGAGCGUUAAGAGGCACAAGUGGAACGAGAGGGCCAUGGACAGUUUGCGAGUGAUCCAGCACAACGCUCUGGAGGAUCGCUCCAUCACGGACAAACCUCAGUGGGACGCCGCCAUCCAGUUCAUGGAGGAGACGCUGCAGGCUCGCCUUAAAGACACGGAGUCCGUGAUCGCCGACAUGGUGGGACCGGACUGGAGGCAGAGAUGGCUAAACUGGACGAAUCGCACACCGGAACAGCACGUCCGUAACGAAACCAGAAACGAGCUGGAGCGUCUGCUGAAGCUGCACGAGGACCACACGGCGUACCUGGCCAACGACGAAGUCACCACCGUACGCAAGAACCUGGAGGGCCGCGGGGUCGAGGUGGACCCGGUGUUGAUUAAGGACACGUGGCACCAGCUGUACCGACGCCACUUCCUUCAGAAGGCCUUGUCCCACUGUAACCUCUGUCGACGAGGUUUUUACUACUACCAGAGACACUUUGUAGACUCCGAGCUGGAGUGCAACGACGUGGUGUUGUUCUGGAGAAUUCAGCGGAUGCUCGGCAUCACGGCCAACACUCUCCGCCAGCAGCUCACCAACACCGAAGUGCGCCGCUUGGAGAAGAACGUCAAGGAGGUGCUGGAGGAUUUCGGGGAGGACGGCGAGAAGAAAAUGCAGCUGAUUACGGGAAGGAGAGUUCAGCUGGCUGAAGACCUCAAGAAAGUACGAGAAAUCCAGGAGAAACUCGAAGCCUUCAUUGAAGCUCUUCACAAGGAGAAGUAGCGCAGCAGAACCCGCAGACGCCACCGAAGCCCUCCGAGAGAAAUGCGCCGAUCCAUGAAGACGUGUCCGCCGUGCUGCUUUCCUCCUGCUUUUAAACUUUAACCCCCCCCCCCACCCCACAAACAAACAAACACAUGCACACGUCUAACGCCCGAUAUAACUCUGGUUAUCGUCUUUAAAUCCACCCCUUCAGUGUCAGAGAAUCUGAUCACCGGCGUCUGAUCUGAUCAUCCGACGUGUAUUAUACAACACAGACAGGUGAGACAGACGAACACAGAGACAGUACGGAUAGACAAGUGCAAACAUAUACACACACGCAAAAAGAGAUGUAAAAAUAUGUACACACACAGACAUACAAACGUCUGUGUGUGUGUGCGUGCGCGCGCGCGUGUGUAUAUAGAAUGUGUGUCCAGCUCUCGUACCGUCCCUCUCCUCGUCAUCGCUGAUUGAAUCAGCAGCGCGGUUUAUUACGCGCUCUCGUGCUACACCUCACACGCCGCUCACGCCCCAGCUGGAGCGUUUCUCUGUUUCAUUUUAGACCUCGUGCACUCUCUGGCCGGCGUUCGCUCCUCGUGUGACGCGCAAGCGAUCGGUUUUCGUGACCUCCGACACACAGCGCAGGUGAAAGAACGCCGAGCUGCAACGCUAGUGUGAGGUUAGUGUAAUUAACACCUAGUACGUCCUUUAUUUAAAACAAAAAAAAUAAAUAACAAACACAAAACAAAGCACUCGAACACAUCGGCUCGGUGCUCUCUGCAGAAUUCCACACACACACACACACACACACACACACGUGCCGCUCCGAUGAGAUCAUUUCUCUCCGGCUUUACGUUGCAGGUCAUUAGCAUCUCACGCUAACGUUCGUCCUAACUACGCGGAGGAGGAUUCUUUAUUCCGCACACUUCAUAUGUAUAAACAGCUGAAUACACAACAUGUAGAGGUGAGCGACGUCAGCGAAGGGCUCAUAUUAAAACGCGCCGGAAAUCUCCAGAAGCGACCGGCUCCCGGCGAUCUCUAACGUCAUUUCUCCUCUGCUGUCGAUUUGUCAUGUCUGCAUGUCGUACGCCAUCGGUUUAUUUAUUAAAUUGGUGUCUGAAGGUGAAAUAAAAUGGAUAUUAAUUCAA